AAUAUAAGCCGAUGCAUUGACUUGACGUUAUGCACAAUAAGGUUCUUUUAUUCAUCAUCAUGAUGCCGCCGAAUUUGUGCCCGUUUGUUGUUGUUGUCUUAUUAGCUCAUAUGAUUAUCUCACAAGUCGGCAUAAUUUAGACCUAUAAAAAGAGUCAUUCAUCUCUUCUUUCUGUCUUACAAGUUCAAUGCAUUGAAAUGGCCAUGUUAUUAGCCAAUUUUCCUUCUCCAAGUGGCACUUAUGAUGUUGGAUGUCAUGAUCUGGAAUGGGACAAUAGUUGCUCUGAUGCCAAGUCUGUCUUGAUGCGGUUGUAUUAUCCAGCCAAAAUCAAAAAGACAGACACAAGAGCCAACUGGAUUCCAGAUGCUGCUUAUGCUAAAGGUAAACUAGAGAUAGUGGCACAUCCAAAAGGAUAUUCAUAUAUUGUAGCUCUUUGUGAGAUUGCUAAAUUACCUGCAUUUCUAUCCAACUGGCUCUCUGGAUUAGCGUCUAUCAAAAAGACUCAAUUCUAUCAAGACCCAGACAUGAUUGACAAGACUUGCCCUGUAGUUGUGUUCUCGCAUGGCUUGGGUGGCAACCGUUUGAUUUAUUCCUGUAUAUGUGCUGAUUUGGCCAGUCAUGGCUUUGUGGUAGCAGCUAUUGAACAUCGAGAAGGAUCUGCGAGUCUAGCGAAAAGAGAUGAUGAAUGGAUUGCCUAUGAUAAUGUACCACCUGAAGUAUGGGGAUUUCGACAUCAUCAAUUGCGUUAUCGAGUCUCAGAGAUCCAACUGGCUUUGGAUUGUCUAGACCAUGCUUCUCUUAAGGGACGGUUUCAGCAUAAACUUAAUAUGGAUCAAUUGAUCAUGGCAGGCCAUAGUUUUGGUGGUGCAACAACCAUUUUAAUGCUCAAUGAACCUCAUACUCGGUUCCAAUGCGGUCUUUUGUUAGAUCCAUGGGCACAACCCUUGAUGAUGAUGACAGAUAAACACAUUCAAAUCAAGCGGCCUGUGAUUGCUAUUUUAAGCGAACAGUUUUCUUUCUGGCCUGAUAAUUAUGAAUCUGUUCAGGAAUUGAUUGGCCAUUCAACCUGCGCUAACAAAAGUGUCUGCCUAUCUUUGAAUGGAACAGAACAUCAACACCAGUCUGAUGUCUUGAUUGUACUCCGCUAUUGGACAUUAUUUGACUUGAGAUCCCCUUUUCAAAUUGAUCCUGCUAGGGCCAUUGACUUGAAUACAGAAGCUUCUGUUGCUUUUAUUAACAAGACAUUAUCACACAAACGAAAAAGAAAAGUAACACCUAGAAUAACCAAAAAACAAAAAAUGACUUGAGCCAAUCAAUGAUGAGAAAAAUAAAAAAAAAUAUUUUUUUUUCAA